CUGUCAAAGCGCCGAACUUGAACUUUGCUCUGUGUUCAUUCACACGAAGCGUUGUAAAUGUUGAAUUAUUUCCAGUAAAAUGUGGAGAUCAAAGCUACAGUUCUUACGAAAUGGCAUAGCUGAAGUUACAUACGCAAGGAGGUUAUGUUCUGGUUCAACUCAGCAAUUCCCAAAGAUCACAACACACUACACAAUACAUCCUCGGGAAUCGGAUCCAAGAUGGAAAGAGGUGGACAUGGAGCGCUUUGCAGAUGAGGCGGAUGUCGUGAUUGUCGGAGGAGGCCCAGCAGGGCUGUCUGCUUCAAUCAAGCUGAAGCAACUUGCAGAACAGCAUGGCAAAGAUAUUCGUGUUUGUGUGGUGGAAAAGGCAUCUGAGAUAGGAGGACACACAUUAUCAGGAGCAUGUAUAGAAACCUCAGCACUAGAUGAGCUCAUCCCAGAUUGGAAAGAAAAAGGAGCUCCUCUAAACACACCCGUAAAGCAUGACAGAUUUGCAAUACUGACAGAGAAGCAAAGAAUCCCUAUCCCAAUUCUUAAAAUUCUCCCCAUGUACAACUAUGGUAAUUAUAUAGUCAGACUUGGCAACGUCGUGAGGUGGCUAGGUGAGCAAGCCGAGGCUCUCGGUGUGGAAAUUUAUCCUGGUUAUGCUGCCAGUGAGAUCCUUUAUCAUGAGGAUGGAAGUGUAAAAGGCAUAGCCACUAAUGAUGUUGGGGUGGCAAAGGAUGGAUCCCCUAAGGAUACGUUUGAGCGUGGUAUGGAGCUACAUGCAAAGGUCACUUUGUUCAGUGAGGGUUGCCAUGGUCACCUUGCUAAGGGCCUUUACAAGAGGUUUAAUCUUCGCGAGAAUUGUGAUGACCAAUCAUAUGGGAUCGGCCUGAAAGAGUUGUGGGAAGUUGCACCUGAAAAGCACAAGCCUGGUACUGUUGAACACACUGUGGGAUGGCCACUGGACAAGGACACUUAUGGUGGCUCGUUCAUCUACCACUUGGAAGGCGAGGGGGCGCCUCUCGUGUCGGCAGGCUUUGUAGUGGGGCUGGAUUAUCAAAACCCCUACAUGAGUCCAUUCAAGGAAUUCCAGCGGUUCAAGAACCACCCAGCCAUCCGUCCGACAUUCGAGGGGGGACACAGGAUAUCAUACGGCGCCCGAGCACUGAAUGAAGGAGGCUUCCAGAGUAUCCCCAAGCUUGUGUUUCCCGGUGGUGCACUUAUGGGCUGCAGUCCUGGCUUUAUGAACGUCCCCAAGAUCAAGGGAACGCACAACGCCAUGAAAAGUGCGAUGGUCUGUGCCGAAGCGGCAUUCGAGGCUCUCACUAGCGAGACCAACAAGGAUGGUAGCCAAGGCUUGUUUCUAGAUACGUACGAGGACCGCCUGAAGGAGAGCUGGGUGUGGAAGGAGCUCUACGCCAUGCGUAACAUUCGGCCAUCCUUCCAUAGUAAACUGGGCUUCUACGGAGGCAUGCUCUACACCGGAAUCUUCUACUGCCUCCUCCGCGGCAAGGAGCCAUGGACGCUGCACAACCCCAAACCAGACCACGCGAGCCUGAAACCGGCCAAGGAGUGCACCCCUAUUGAAUACCCCAAACCGGAUGGCGAGGUAUCCUUCGACCUUCUUUCGUCUGUGGCUUUGAGCGGGACGAACCACGAUGGCGACCAGCCACCGCACCUCACCUUAAGGGACGAUACCGUCCCGGUAAAGCGCAACCUGGGCGUAUUCGAUGGACCGGAGCAGAGGUUCUGUCCAGCGGGUGUAUACGAGUAUGUCCCCUUGGAGAAGGGUAACGGGAUGAGACUACAGAUCAAUGCACAGAACUGUGUGCAUUGCAAGACGUGUGACAUCAAAGAUCCGAGUCAGAACAUUAACUGGGUGGUGCCCGAGGGGGGCGGAGGCCCGGCUUACAAUGGCAUGUGAAUUGGCCUUUACAGUCGAAUAACUUUUAAUGUUUUUAAUUUAAGGCUUCGUUUCGGUAAAGCACCUUUCCGUUUUUUUUUCCAUAAGGCCGAUAUGUACAUACAAUGUGCAAAUAAAUCACUUGAUCGGUCAUUGAACGGUGAAUACUGCUGCGAAAGUUUUUUUUUAACUAAGCCGGUUGUUAAUUUUAUCGCAUCUCUCUGGUCUAUUGCGGUGUAUCAUAAAAAAUGUGUAAACGGAUUCAGGAUUGUUUAUAGAUGAAAAAAUGACUUGAGCGUUGGUUAAGUUACGUUUCUCUCUUGACUCGACCUUACGCCCACUUAUAAUGUAUAAAGUAACAGAAAUAAACCAGAAUAUAUUUA